GCAUUAGCUGUAUAAGAAUUGUAAACAAAAAUUACCUUAAACAAAAUGUCGCAAUUCGUAAAUAUGGAGGUGUUCUUGAAUUAUCAAAAGUACAUAGACAAUGAACAGGAGCUAAGAGAGAAUAUCCGUGUCGUUGUCCGAGAAAUCGAACAACUGGCAAAGGAAGCUACUAUUCAACUGCAAGUUAUACACAGCGAUUUAACUAAAAUAAGCAGCGCCUGCGCUUUGGCACGUAAACAACUCGAAGCAUGUGCCGGUAAAUACAAAAAACUGUCCACGCUUAUACCGGCGGGCCAAUAUCAUCGCUAUUCCGAUCAUUGGACAUACAUUACACAGCGUUUAAUCUUUCUAAUUGCCCUAGUUGUCUACUUGGAAGGCGGAUUUUUGGUGCAGCGUGAAGUUGCUGCAGAAUGGCUCGACUUGAAGACCAAGCACACAGAGGGUUUUCAUUUGGACAUAGAGGACUAUUUGCUAGGCAUCUUACUUUUGGCUUCAGAACUUUCGCGUUUUGCCACCAACUCGGUUACAAUGGGAGACUACGAGCGCCCCUUGAAUAUAUCGCACUUUAUUGGCCAGUUAAAUACAGGCUUCAGACUGCUUAACCUAAAAAAUGAUGGCCUGCGCAAACGAUUCGAUGCUUUGAAAUACGAUGUGAAGAAAAUCGAAGAGGUGGUUUAUGACGUUAGCAUACGUGGCUUGGCUAACAAAGCAUCGGAGCAGGAUAAACAGGAGUUGGAAAAACCUGAAGCUGCUCCUGAAUCGAUGGAAUAGUGAAAAACUAUAGUAAGAUAUAAAUACAUAUGUAUAUAUUUUUUUAUAUAUACAUAUACAUAUAUGUAUGUGCAUACGUAUGUAUGUAUUUCAAUUGAAAAUAAUGUGAAUUUAUGUAUGAAAAGCCCUGACAUUAAGUUGGAUGAACAUUCAAAUAAAUUAAAAAACGUGUCCGAAA